GCCAGCAGAAUGAGAUCGAUCAAUAUCCUGGCUAUUGCAGUGCUGCUUUUUGUUAGCCUCCUUGGCAACUUAAGCAAUGCCGAUGAGAGUCCUGGCUUCUUUUUGAAGAUCACUAAAAACGUGCCGCGCCUCGGCAAGCGCACCGAAAGUUUUGUCAUGAAGAAUAUAAAGACCAUACCUCGCAUUGGACGAAGCGAUCAAUCCACCUCUGUUAACCCACUUUUGGCCUGGCUCUGGAACACGGACUUGGAUGUGGAGCAGCCGCAGCUCAGUAAGCGACGUCUGCCUUCGAACGGUGGCAACGCAGCCAAUGUCGAACGUGAGUUAAACGUUGUGCAGCCAGUUAAUUCGAAUACACUGCUGGAGCUCUUGGAUCGGAAUGCUAUACCCUCUGAGCAUGUCAAGUUUGUGCACUGGAAGGACUUUGAUCGUGCCCUGCAAGCGGACAAUGACCUAUACUCGAAAGUUAUUCACCUGGGACGUAAUCCAGACCAACGUCUGAAGCAGGAUCUCAGUUACAGCAGCUACAUUCCCAUUUAUGGAUCCAAUGAUGAGCAGGGUCAAGAUUUUAUGCUCUAUAAGGAUGAUCGGGACUUGUAUAGUAAUGCUGCUCGCUACGAUCGCAAUUUCUUGCAGUACAAUCGUUUGUGAAGGAACUUGGUAUAUAAUACAAUUCCUUUAUUAGGCUAAUGUUGAUGUAUAUCUGUGCGCAAAUGGUUAUAAUAAAACCACGAAUUAUUUCGAAAUUUCGUGAGU